UCCACACUGGUGCCAAAAUCACGUGCUCAGAACAGCAUAGAACUAGGAUAAAAGUUUGCCAUUGUACCAUGGUUGUGAUUAGACCCUGAAUUAAUGUAACUGAUUUAUUAUGUCUUGAUAAAUUGUAACAUCCCCUGUUCAGGUUUUUGACAUUGUAAACACUAUCAUCUAAUCAUCUUUAUUUUGCUUUCUUUAACUUCUCAUUAGCUUUUUAAAUGCUAUUUUGGCUGAUAAAAUACAUAAAUUCAUAGUAAUUCUCCAGCCUGUACUUUAUGGAUGGAGAGCCAAAGAACAGCAAGAAACUAAUAGAAGUAACUGGCUGAUUCAAAUUCUUCAACCAAUAUGUGUGUGUUUUAAUAACAUCUUUCUCACAACUAAUAAGGUUAAGUGAACUACCCAGUGUGACCAAAUGGAAAAGAGGCUUAUUUAAAUGACGAAGGCAAGAAGAUCUCUCACAGAGUGCUGAAGGAAAAUGAGCUCCACACAAGACCUUGACUAUCUUCAGAUCUUAUUUCAAUACAACAAUGGGUUUUUAGUCUCAAAGAUUAUGUUUACUGCCUGUGAACUGGGAGUGUUUGAUCUAUUGCUGGAGUCAGAAGGGCCCCUGUCUUCAGAUGCCAUUGCUGAAUAUUUGGGCACCAGCGCCAGUGGAACGGAACGGUUACUUGAUGCUUGUGUGGGAUUAAAGCUCCUGGGAGUCGAAAUGAAAAGUGAAGGAGCCUUUUACAGGAACACAGAGCUUUCCAACCUCUAUCUUACAAAAUCAAGUCCCAAGUCUCAGUAUCAUAAUUUGAUGUACUACUCCAAAACCAUCUAUUUGUGCUGGCACUACCUGACAGAUGCUGUGAGAGAUGGAAAAAACCAGUAUGAGCGAGCAUUUGGCGUUUCAUCAAAAGACCUCUUUGGGGCUCUCUACAGAUCAGAAGAAGAGAUGAUCAAAUUCAUGUAUGGUUUAAAUGCAAUUUGGAGUAUUUGUGGCAGAGAUGUGAUUGCUGCAUUUGACCUUUCACCUUUUACCAUAAUUUAUGAUCUGGGAGGAUGUGCAGGUGGUUUGGCCCAGGAAUGCAUUUCUUUGUACCCAAAUUCUACAGUCACAAUUUAUGACCUACCUAAAGUAGUGCAAGUGGCAAAGGAGCGUUUUGUAUCCCCGGAAGAACGUCGGAUCACUUUCCAUGAAGGAGAUUUUUUUAAAGAUCCAAUUCCAGAAGCUGACCUGUACAUUUUGGCUAGGAUCCUGCAUGACUGGGCAGAUGACAAGUGUAUGCAGCUACUAGCAAAAAUCCACAAGGCUUGCAAGCCUGGGGGCGGAGUGCUGCUGGUUGAAACACUUUUGAAUGAAGACAAAACUGGACCUUUAGAAACCCAGCUUUACUCUAUGAACAUGUUGGUUCAGGCUGAAGGAAAAGAACGAACGCCAACCGAGUACAGCAAGCUCCUCACUACAGCUGGUUUCAGAGAGAUUCAAGUCAAGAAAACAGGAAAGCUCUAUGAUGCCAUUUUAGGAAGAAAAUAAUUCUGUCUCUUCUUUCUUGUCUAUUGUUAGAUGUAUGAAUGCAGAGAAAUGAUCAGCUUUUACUAGACUGCAGCAAUGAACCCAGCUCAUAGUUAACCUUGUCACUUUCUUUGUACAACAAUACACUGUUAGAACUUUCAUUCAUUACGUAUGUUGAGCCUACAGGGAUUGACGGUCUGCCAGCUUCAAUGUGACUCCUGUUUGGCUCUGGACUCUAACUGUGGGAAUAAAGUAAUUAACACGUGUUUAACAAGAAAUAGCAUGUGAAAGCAACACUACGGAAAGCUUAUACUACUUGCAUUAUACAUUUUUUCAGUUCUGUCAGACUUUGUACUUUCCCCACUUUAACAUAAUGUCUGACCCAUCUGGGUUUGUACUCAGCUUUCUUUCUGCAAAUAUAAACUGUACAUCAUUGUACUGAAUACUGUUGGAUGCACUGAGAUUCUAUGAAAAUGUAUACAGUGUAAAGGGAGUGAACUCUUUCUUGUCAGGAUUUGCCAUCUUUCAGUUUCUUCAAAUGUUUCUUAAUUCAGUCUCACAUCACAACA